AACCCCAUAAACCAAGAUUAGAAGACAACCUCAAAUCUCUUGAACAAACCAAAAUGUUAAGGUCUAAAAUGUUCGCAUUGCUUUUACUUUUUCUCCUAUCCAUCUCAUGGGAGGCGACUUCAGAUUUAGCUCAUGAAAAUUUUCUCCAAUGUCUUUUAAACCAUUCCCAACCCUCAUACCCAAUCUCCACAGCAAUUUACACUCCGAACAAUGAUUCAUACUCAUCUGUCUUGCAAUCUUAUAUUCGAAAUCUUCGAUUCAACAUGUCCACAACCCCGAAACCACUUCUUAUUCUCACUGCAUUGCAUGACUCUCAUGUGCAAUCUGCCAUCAUUUGUGCUCGUGAACAUAACUUGCAAAUGAAAAUUCGAAGUGGGGGUCAUGAUUAUGAAGGUGUUUCUUAUGUGUCAGAUGUCCCAUUCUUUGUCCUCGACAUGUUCAACCUUCGAUCAAUUGAUGUUGAUGUAGCUAGUGAGACUGCUUGGAUUCAAGUCGGAGCAACCCUAGGAGAAGUUUACUAUAGAGUUUCUGAGAAAAGCAAAGCACAUGGUUUUCCAGCGGGUGUUUGCCCUACAGUUGGUGUUGGUGGUCACUUCGGUGGUGGUGGAUAUGGCAACAUGAUGAGAAAAUAUGGCCUUUCCGUCGACAACAUCAUUGAUGCGACAAUGGUUGAUGUUAAUGGAAGACUUCUUGAUAGAAAAUCUAUGGGAGAAGAUUUAUUCUGGGCUAUAACAGGUGGAGGAGGAUCAAGCUUUGGAGUUGUUCUGGCAUAUAAAAUUAAAAUCGUUCGUGUUCCUGAAGUUGUCACUGUUUUUCGGGUUCGAAGAACAGUCGACCAAAAUGCAACAGAUAUUGUUGAACAGUGGCAACAAGUUGCAUACAAUAUUGACGAUGACCUUUUCAUUAGACUUUCCAUGGACGUCGUAAACAGUACUACUCGAAUCGGUGAAAAGACGGUAAGGACUACAUUCCGAGCAUUGUUUCUUGGAGACUCUGAAAGACUCCUUUCUAUCACGAAUGCAAGCUUCCCUAAACUGGGUUUGCUUCGGUCAGACUGCAUCGAAAUGAGCUGGCUUGAAUCAGUCCUUUUCUGGACAGAUUUCCCUCUUGGGACACCAACUGAUGCUUUGCUAAGUAGAACACCACAAUCACUGGUUCACUUGAAAAGGAAAUCAGAUUAUGUACAAAAGCCAAUCCCAAGGGAUGGUUUGGAGGGGAUUUGGAAGAUAAUGAUUGAGCUACAAGUGCCGCAGCUUACUUUCAAUCCUUAUGGAGGAAAAAUGUGGGAGAUUCCAGCAACUGAAAGACCUUUUCCACAUAGAGCUGGGAACUUAUGGAAGAUUCAAUAUGCAACAAACUGGAAUGAAGGUGGUCAAGAAGUAGCAAAUUAUUACAUAGAUUUGACAAGGCAACUCUAUAGUUACAUGACUCCCUUCGUGUCCAAGAAUCCUAGGCAAGCAUUCCUUAACUAUAGAGACCUAGACUUGGGUAUCAAUCACAAUGGCAAGGAAAGCUACUUGGAAGGAAGAGUUUAUGGAAUCAAGUAUUUUCAGGAGAAUUUCAACAGGUUGGUUAAAAUCAAGACUAAGGUUGAUCCAGGUAAUUUCUUUAGGAAUGAACAAAGUAUCCCUACUUUUCCAUAUAGGAAGAAGUAGAAAUAUUUAUUUUGUUUUGUUGGACCUACGUGAUUAUGCUGCAAACCAA